UUCCAUAUUUUAACGAUUCGAUAUUUUGUCCGGACACGAGAUUCUUUGCUUCUUGCUAGUCGCCAUUCUUUUUUUAGUCUCCUAGCGACUAUAAUAAAAAGGGAAUGGGGGUUUUUGUCUAGUACUUGGUUAUUAAGUUGUACAAAUAAAUGUAUGUAUGCUUGUUAAAUACAUUUACUAGCUUGCUUAUCGGGUGGAAAAAACAAAAAAAAAAAGAUUUUUUCUCGGUCAUUUUUCUCAUUAAGUGAAUCAAAAAGCUAAAGGUGUUAGGUAAAUAUUACGAUUUCCGUUAGUUCUCAUGAAUUUGCGUUACAAACGUUUUGGUUUGCGAAAUUUCGUGUUUAGUAUGAGUUCAGAAAACUUGAAAAUUCGCGUUUUUGUUUGAAUUUUUGAAAUUUUUUGGGGAAUUUGAAAAAUUCUUAGGGGUUUUCAAAAGGUUUUCUGUUCUCGUUUCAUUUUUUCCUACAUGUAUUUUUUAAUGUUCCUUUCCUUGAUUUUCUCUAUGCCUUCUUACUCGUGAUUUUUUUACAACUUUCUUAUUAAUUUUUGAACAAAAUUUUCAGAAAAUGGAAGCCAUGGAAGUAGAUAGCAAACCUAAUGCUCCAGUAGUCACUUCGUCAGCAAAUAAUAGUAAUUCACAUUCUGCCAAUUCAGCAGCAAGUAUUAGUUCUAGUGCAACACAACCUCAAACUAUAACAAUGGGCGGUAACAGUCCUGGUGGAGAAUUUAUCAGCAGAGAAUUUACCAAAGAUCUUGACGAAUGGAUUGCGCAAUUGUAUGAAUGUAAACAGCUGACUGAGAUUCAAGUGAAGCUGUUGUGUGAUAAGGCCCGCGAAAUCCUCAAACACGAAUCUAACGUUCAAGAAGUCAAAUGCCCUGUUACAGUUUGUGGGGAUGUUCACGGACAGUUUCACGACUUGAUGGAAUUGUUCAAAAUGGGUGGAAAGUCUCCAGACACAAAUUAUUUGUUUAUGGGUGAUUAUGUUGAUAGAGGUUAUUAUUCUGUGGAGACUGUUUCGCUGCUUGUUUGUCUUAAGGUAUUAUUUUUAUAA